AUGGGCCAAGGACAGUCCCAAGAGGUUCCUAACGGACCCACUGAGCUCCCAGAAGACAAUGAUCGCAACCUUAGUCUGAGCCCAGAAGCCGGCAAGCCUCCAAAAGAUAAAACCAAAUCGAAGCGGAAGAGAGAGGUUUCCCCAAAUGGCACCAAACGGGCCUCCGUUCCACCACCUCAGUCACAGCACGAAUACAACUCUCGUCCGUCGAAGCGCAAACGCAUACCUGAUCAAGCGAAAAAGGAGAAGAUUUCUCGCAAGUUAGAUGGAGAACGUCCUGCCGCGGAGAAUGGCGCAGCUGAAACCCGGGUUCCUGGACAACCCAUGAAAUCGAAAUCGAAAUCGCAGAAGCACGACACGAAAGGAAGCUCUGAGCCACGGCACAAAUCCAUAGAGCCGGCCAAGCCAACUGCGUUACCGGAACGUCCUACAACACCGAGGCUGCUGACACCAUCGAGCGCGAAAGAACCGGCAAAGUCAACUCCAGCAUUGCCAGACAGAAACCUCACAAACCGAAUUAUAAAACCCAGCCGCACCAAAAAUGCUGCGAAAAACGAAAAGCUGACAGGCUUUUUCACCUCCGAGGAAGUGCAAAAAUUGGAGAACUUCAAACUCAAUUUCUGUAACACCCAUGGACUCUCCGCAGACAACUUCGACCAGAUGGUGCAGCACUCCGAUCGCGACAAGGGCGUGGAAUUUCCCUGCGACUCGGAUGUCAUCACUAAGCCAGAUUUCUGGAAGAUCAUCUACGAGACGAUUCCCAUGCGAGACCAGAGGUCAGUCUACCGUUUCAUGAGGAGACACUUCCAAGCCUCCGCCCAAAAACCGCACCAAUGGUCUCACGAACAAGACGACGAACUCGUUUCAAUGCACACGCGCUAUGGACCGAAAUGGGCCUAUAUCGCCAAACUCCUCGGUCGCAGCGACGACGACGUCGUACAGAGAUGGAAAAACCGUCUCGAGCACCGAGCUACCAUGCUGCGAGGCUCGUGGUCUGCAGACGAGAUUCGCAGCCUUCAAGACGCGCUACAGGCUACGUGGAAGGCAAACAGGAGGGCUGGCUAUGACACAGGUAAGGAUUUCUACGAGAUGGAGGAGAGACUUAUCGGAUGGGGACAAGUGAGCGCUCGUAUGGGACAUGUCCGCUCGAGACAGCAGUGCGCGGAUAAAUGGCGCAGAAUCCGGCGCAAGGUCCUCGAACAGCGGAACAGAGGCAAUCCAGAUGCUACAUAUGAGCCUACGGCGGAGCUGCGUUCGCCUAAGAAGAAAGACCCCAAGCCGUCGCCUGCCGCUGCCACACCUAAUGAGAAUCCCAAGUUCAAGAGUUCUGAAUAUGUGAACUCAGAUGAGGAGGAUGAGGAGGGCGAGUGGGAUGCGGGCACUGCUGCACCUUCACCUUCAAAACAGACGCCAUCGAAUAAAUCCUUUGUCAUCAACAUGUUCGUGAAAGAGCAGGCCAAUGGUUCUUCAGAGAAGUCCAAGGCUAUUCCAGAACACGCGCCCAACUCUGAAUCUGAAUCCGGCUCUGAGACAGAUACAAGCUCAGAGUCGGAGUCGGACGACAACGACAACGCCAACAAUGCAAACCAACCUGCUACAGACAAAAAGUCCACAAAGACACCCGAACCGAAAGCCAAACCUACGGAGAAACCCGCCCCAUCACCCACGGACCAAGCAUCUCCUUCCAAAGACCAAAAUUCAACCUCUCAGAAACGCACACGACUGCCUACGUCAUCGGACUCUUCCGAUUCCGAAUCAGAGGGAUCAGAUCGCAAGCGACAGUCCACUAGUUCGAGAGAAGACAGGAGCAGGAAAAAAGCUGCUUCUCCAAAGAAGGACAAGCUUGUCGGUGAAAGCUCAUUUGAAUCCGAAUCUGAGUCUGGCUCCGAAUCAGACUCGACCAGCGAGUCUGAGACUGAAGAUAAGAAGAAGACAGCGCAGACCAGCAAAAAGCCGGAAGCAGUUAAACCUAAACCCUCAUCGUCUACCAAACCCACCACACAGAACGGUCAACAGCCAAAUACGACGAAGAAAGCCUCCACAAAAGACAAUAGCUCUGAUACCUCCGAUAGCGAAGAUGACAGCGAUGCCUCCACAUCCAAAAGUGACGAGAACGAUGAAGACGAGGACGACAGCGAGGAAGAUACCAAAGCAAGUGCCAAACUAGAAGACAAAAACCGCGAAAAGUCUUCAAACAAGAAAGCAGAGUCUUCAUCUGAUGUUGACUCCAACUCUGACUCCGAUUCUUCAGGUACAGAAUCCGAAUCGGGUUCUGAAUCAGCGGCAAACUCCGUUCUGGAGAAGGAUCGACAGGGACGCAAGCAACAGCAGAAUACGCCUCGUCUUAUCAAAGACGAGGGUAAGACUACUGGCGAUAGGACCAGUGCUUCGGAGUCCGGAGACUCGAGUGCUGAAUCGGAGUCAGGCUCUGAGUCGGGUUCAGAGUCAGAAUCUGAAUCCGACUCGGUUACCAAGCAGGAUAACAAGACCAACUCCAACUCCACCAAACCGUGGACAUCAUCGUCAUCAUCCAAACCCAACCCCAAACCCAAGCAAACGGCACCUGCCAAAAAGAAGCAAGAGUCAGAAUCGGGAUCUGAAACUGACUCUGGCUCGGAAGAAUCAGAACCUGAGGAAGAGUCAGAUCACAAGCCACGUGCAAACACUCUGAACGCCAACGUCAACGCUAAUGCUAGCAGGAAUCAACCUCAAGCGAUUAAUGGCAAGAAAGAAGUAAACAAGAAGCAGGAUGCUCUUAGUGAUUCUGAUGGAACUGACUCUGGUUCGGAUGACUCUAGUGAGGAUGAAAAAUGA